GAAACAGUGGUGGGAUCCAUAUGAAACAACUCACAAAAGGCAAUUCGUCUACCAGCCCAGUUCAGCUGCAGAUAUUUUCCUGAAGCCCCUGUCAACGUCAUUGAUAGACUCAUAUUCACAGUCUGGACCUUUUGGUUCAAGUAUAUACAGUAAGGACUUUAGCUGGAAGCCUGCCUGUAAACCUGAAUGCAUUCGUACAGGAACAGCCUCAGGACAGAGGAGAAAUAACCCACAUCCCAGCAAGUCUUUCAUGAUGUGGAGGCUGCCAAGGGAUGUUGCAAGAAACUCUGACCAUAUUGCAUUCCCUUUGAAAUGUCUCCCUUCUGAGGGUGAGAUCCGUAAAGCCACACAGUACCUCUCCACCUACAAAUGUGACUUCAUGGGUACACCUCAAGGGUACAAUGACACUGAAAAAGCAGCCAGGUGGCUUGCACCUAUGCACAACAGGCACCGCAUAUCACUCUCUACUGACACUGUGAUGAGGGCCAAUUACCGCCAGCCAAACCAAAAAUCUGAACUCGUGGCCAGUGUUUCUCACUGCUGCAAAACAUAUCCAAAUGUGACCUGCCCCGGUAUAGUUCCCACUGUUGUACCAAGAAACUUGCAGAUUCAGAAGAAACGUGCUAAUGUAACAACCUAUGACCAUUUUUUUGGAAAGCCAGUCAAUACUGUCACAUCUGUGAUGAAGUCUCUGACACCCCAGGAGCUGGAGCAGUUACACAGAAUUUUACCUGAAAGGGAGCAGGAGGCUUUAAAAGUGGUUUUGAGUAAAGAUGUCUGUCCAAACAAUAAGGAGAAAGUCAAUAAACUUCCAGCAGCUGUGCGUGACUCAGACUCGCCAGAGUGGAGCUCAAGCUGGCCAGGACCUCACUGAAUUUCAUCAUUUUAUAUUAGCUGUUUGUGUUUUUAUAUAAUCUCAUUUCACUCUGUAAAAUCAGCACAAUAGUAUUAUGAAUUAAAGAUGAAAGAAUUCAU